AUGGACGCUCUACGAGCAGCCGCCAUCGGCGUCGACCAUCCCGACAGCUUCGUCACUGCCCUCUCCUCCAGCUUUCUACCUACCACCACGACAGCCACAUCGAUACUCUUCGUCGCCGCCGCCUCGCCCACUUCGACGCCGCCGCCGUCGUCCGGGGGCGGCGCCGAGGGCGAGUGCCAGCUGCUCGGCUCCUUUGCCCUGCUCGUGCAGGCUGCGCUUGGCGGGCUGGCCCUGCUGGCGCUCGUCUACAAGCGUUGGCGGGAGCGCCCGCAGCGGCCGGUCAAGGUCUGGGCUUUUGACGCCUCCAAGCAGGUCUUUGGCUCGGUGCUCGUCCACAUCGCCAACAUCUUCAUGUCGAUGCUCACGAGCGGCCGCUUCUCCAUCACGGUCACCAACAUCGUCGGCCGUACCACCACCGCCUCGGCCGCUGCGGCCCCGUAUAUGCCCAACCCUUGUUCCUUCUACCUGCUCAACUUGGGCAUCGAUACCACCCUCGGUAUCCCCAUCCUCAUCGGUCUCCUCCACCUCUUGACUGCUCUCGUCGCCCUGACACCUGUCGGUAAGCCUCGCGAGUCGAUCCAGUCCGGCCACUAUGGCAACCCGCCUAGCGCGUGGUGGUGGCUCAAGCAGUCCGUCAUAUACUUUUGCGGCCUGUUCCUCAUGAAGAUCUGCGUCCUCGUCAUCUUCAUCACCAUGCCCUGGAUCUCCACAGUCGGCGACUGGGCGCUCAGCUGGACCGAGGGCAACGAGAAGCUGCAGAUUGCCUUUGUCAUGAUGAUCUUUCCCCUCAUCAUGAACGCCAUGCAGUACUACAUCAUCGACUCCUUCAUCAAGAAGCCCUUUUCCGAGGCCGACUUGUCAGACGACGACGAGCGCGCCCAGUUCCGCCCGCUUCGCCCCGACGACGACGAACUUCAAGAUGUCGAUAGCGACGGCGAUGCUGACGACGAGGCACCGCUAGUGGACAAGUCGUCCGUUAGGACUAGGACGAUGAAACCCCAGAACCCGGGCCGAGCUGGCGCCAACAGCGAAGAAUACGAUCCGGACCUGGACGGUGAUGCGAACACCAUUAUCGGCAGUAGCUCAUCAGCCACCGACGCCAAGCCGUCGACACCAGUGACGACGAAUUUAUUACCUAAAGAAUGA